AUGAGUGUCGCCUACGAGCCUCGCUCCUUUCACGAGGACAGCCCGUACGCGCCCGUUGGCGAGAACGACCAUGACAUCAACAAGUACAUCAACGAGGCCAACGUCGCAGACAUGGCGAAUCUGGCCGCCGCCACCUACGAGCCUGCCAACGACUCCUCGCCAGCUGUCUUUGACCCUUCGCCCUCGCCUGCUCUCGACCUUCAUCCCGUCGGGCCUCCUAACGUCGACCCUGCCAACGUACCCGUCAGAGACCUGUCGCCCGCUAUCCAAAACGCGUUCAACUCGACCCAGAACCACUCACAACGCAUCAAGCCCAUAGCGAAGCCCAACCGGGAAGUGACAAAGAGCGAGGACGGGAAAUUUAUAUGCACAUGGCCUGACUGCAACGAGCUGCAGAAGAAGUUUCAAAGAAAAUGCGAAUGGAGUAAACACAUGGACAAGCAUGAGCGACCUUAUGUCUGCACAGCAAAGGGCUGCGAAAAGAUCCAAGGGUUCACAUACAGCGGCGGCCUGCUCCGACACGAGCGCGAGGUCCAUGGAAAGCACGGCGGCCCCAAGAAGAAGCUUCUUUGCCCCCACGAGAACUGCAAGCGCUCUAGUGGCAAGGGCUUCUCUCGCCAGGAGAACUUGUCUGAGCACCUGCGUCGCGUCCACACGUCUGCUGGCCCCAUGCAGAUGGACAGCCCCGGCGACAACAACACCGAUGAUAGCGCCAGCGAUGUUGCCUCUGCCGCCUUCGCCGUCAUGGCCGGCGUCGCCAUGAGCCCCGCAAACCUCGACAACCACUCUGCCGACACGGGCAUCAAGCGCAAGCGCAGCCCUGACGACCUGGGCCGUAGCCAUGAUCCUGACGACGACAGGGACGACGACGAUAUCCGUGCGGAGGUCAAACGGCUCCGGAAGGAGGCUGCCGACCUGCGCCAGCAGCUGGAGGAGAAGACUAGGUCCAGCAGCGAGAUGCAGGCGCAGCUAGCCGCCAUCCAGCAUGCCCUGGGCAACCCCAUCAACCAGACCCUGGGACUCCAGCAAGCACCGGAGCUCUAG